AUGUUUGGUUUAGCAAGAUCAUCAGACUUGGUGAAGUGGUCGUUCAAAUGUCUCAUUAUUACUCCUGACUCAAUCAAAGGUCCAGUUAUUAAUGCUAAAGAACAAAGAAGUGGUGUUGUUUCAAUCUUAGAAUUAACUUCGUUAGAUGAUACAAACUCUCAAGUAUGCCCUGUUCGCCACCUUGCAACAUACCUUAGAGCCUCUAAAGGAAGAAGAAAGCCUCAUUCGGGUGACUCUGUCUUUAUUAAGAAUGAGGGUGAACCGCUCCAAGUUAAUGAUAUUAACUCAAUUGUACUAUCAACACUCUCAAAGUCAGGUAUUGAUAUUGCCAAGUUCAAAUCUCACUCUACCCGUUCCGCUCUGGCUUCUCUGCUGUUGUCCAAUAACGUUCCGUUCCACGUUGUCAAGAAGAUGGGUCGUUGGAAAUCAAACGAUACUGUAGAUACCUUCUACGAUAAAAGAAUCAUUGGUGAAAAAUCUGGUGGUUUCUUAAAUACUGUCGUCCAAAUUUCAUAA